CAACCACCAAGAAGAAUGGACCAUUUUGAAUCUAGCGGCCAUGGUAGCAUCCGUUGCUCUGACAUGCGCGAUGCUUCUUGGGGCCAAUGCAGUCCUUGGCGUCACCACCACCACCAACAGCAGCAGAAGCAGCACUACCGUGUCCUUGCUCGUGUCGUGCCCCAACAGAACAAACAGUAGUACCAUCCAAAGGACCGUCGGACGCCCGAUAUCAGUGUGUCUGUCGAACGGAAGUGCCAUUACGAGUGUCAAGGUGAUCGACAAGGCGAUCAACCUGUCGCGUCGAAACAUCUCUGUCAUCACCAGGCUGCCCCCGUUUGUAGCCAGCAUAGACUUGUCUUACAACUUCAUUCAAAGCAUUCCAUCCGCCACAAGUGAAGCAGCCGACGUCGCUCUUCUUUCACUAAACCUCAGUCACAACGCACUCUCGUCGUCAAUCUCGUUGCUCUUGGCGUCCACCGUCCAAACACUGGACUUGAGCUACAACCACAUCGUCACAGUGUCCAGUGAUUACGCCGAGAGACUGCCGCGACAGCUCAAGACUCUGUCACUCAAGGGCAAUGGCCUAACGAGCAUCGACGGCAGACAUCUGCCGACCUCGUUACAGCACCUGGACCUGACUGAGAACAGCGUCGAGUCCAUACUUGUGGACGCACCAAGCUAUGCUUUACUGAGCCACCCCGAGUUUGACUUGAUGAUCGAACCUGACCAAACCGCCAAGCCCACCAGCCCGCUCUGCAUCCAGCCCCCACCUCGCGUCAAGGACAACUUCAUCUGUCUGAUCGCCGCGUCCCAGGGCCUCUUGCUCACAGGUGUGACAGUCUGUAGUUCAUACAGUAACAUGAUCGGAACAUAUUCGGUAGCGUUUGUGGGCAAGUACAUGCUCGGGUUCGUCGUGGUGACCGUGACCGCGUACGCGUUGUGGCAGUCCAUGAAGCAGUUCCAGUCUUCCGCGACUGCCAACAAUGGUGGAGUGCUGGCGGGCAUUCAAGAGCGAUCGACGUACAUUAGCUCCAACUACUUGGAACCAAAGACCUCGCCUCUGCGUUAGCAGCAUAUUGCAUUGUUGAUUUGGGUAACUUGCGAAAUCAAGUAGUAGUAGUACUACUAGUAGUGUUAAAUGUCAGUCACAGUGUCACAUGCGAUCUUU